UGCAUACUGGCAUAUGGUCAGACGGGAUCUGGAAAGACUUAUACAAUGAUGGGUUCUGAAGAUAAUCCUGGAGUAAGCAUCAGGUCAAUCAAGGAACUUUUACAUUUAUGCAAUGAGAGACCCAUGAUCAUGUACAAACUUAAGAUCUCCAUGCUGGAAAUUUACAAUGAAAAACUUUAUGACCUUCUUUCAAAAAUCCCCCAAAGUAGUUUGGAAAUAAGGAACCAGGGAAAAACAGUCGUAGUUACUGAUUUGACAGAAUUUGAAGUAAAAACAGAGGAAGACAUUAAAAGCAUCACACGCCUUGGAGAAAAAAAUAGGAGAGUUGCUUCUACAAAAAUGAACAUAGCAAGGUACCAAAAGAACUACGUUACUUACAGUUUCUUGUAGGUUAAAACAAAGUUAGGGUGUUUCUUAUUGUGUUAAAGAGCUUGGGCCAAAUUGUAUAUUAUAAGAAGAGACACCAUCACACAAUGUAUUAAUGUAAAUCAAAAAAUGAAUUUUCUAUUAACAGUUGCUAUUAUUUAAAAUUUUCCUCGUCAGUGUUCUAUUCACUUGAUAAUAUUUGUACACAGGAUAAGAUGUCUUGUCACAUGAAUCAAAAGUAGAAAUGCAGAACUAAGCCACAACCUACUUCAUGUGCUACAAAAUCCCAAGGUGUGUGUUUAGUCAAUGGGCUCAAUACCUGUGUGUAUACUUUUAUGUGUGUACACAUCUGUGGCGGAGUGUCCCAUCCCUUUGUGUUUAUUAGUAUUGUAUGUAGUGUGUUAAUGUUGGUGUUUAUGUAUAAA